AUGGUGGAGCGGGCUCUCUUACGAGGUGGCCCUGGCUUCGGCUUCGGCCCCGACGCCAGGGACCCGUCUGUCGUACAAGACGAGCGAUACGUGCGCGACGGCAGGGCAGCAACCGUUCAGGGUCCCAAGGGGAUUGGCUUAGCCGCGAGGGCGCUCAACUCGCCGCGGCUGCUCGAGCUUCCGGGCAUCAGCGGCGCCACGCAUCUCAACGGUGAUUCGGCGCAGGGCGGGUUCGCUGGCACCUACGCCGACCUUGUCCCUUCGCCGGGACAGUAUGCUAUGGUAUACUCCUUUAUAGCUAGAGCCAUUACCUAUCCACUGCCCAGAGCACAAUACUCCGUUGAAUCAUAA